GGCGCUUCAGUCGAUUUCAUGUGAAAGUGGAUCGUGCAUUUAGGGGCGCAAUUUUUCACCAAAAUACGGUUGAACACAAGGAGCAUCGGGAUGAGUACGAGGGAACGCAAGAGAGGCCGAAAGGCAACAUCGGUGAUCAGUGUUCAGAUCAAUGAGAACAAUGAGAUUGAAUGCAUGGAAAUGGAUGAGAAUUCCCAAGAUACUCAAGAUUCGCAGUAUCUGGACAUGUCAGAGGCUUCGAGUCCUCCUCAAGUGACCAUCAAUGUCCAGGAGGAGACUGUCGUUGAGCAUGUUUGUGGGAAAUGUGGGAAGGUUUACCGGUCACUUGGGGCUCUCAAGAGGCAUCUGGAACUCUGCCGAUCAGUCGAUUACGACUCCGCAGAAUUUGACGGGGAGGGGGUGCCCCAGGAGGAUGAAAUGCAAGGGAUUGAGGUGAUCCACGUGAAGAAGGAAGAGAAUGAAGUGAGUGAAAUCACAAUGGAAAACUACAAGGUAUCUGAAGAUUCUUCGGAUACCUUCAAGAAACCCCUUCCCAAGAAAGUCAGCCCUAAAAAAGUCUCUCCCAAAAAAGUGCCAAAGGAGAAAGGGACGAAAUCUCCCAAGAGAUUGUGCUACUGCUGCGAUGAAGAUCUGGCUUCAGCUCAUAUGGGCCAUAUAAAGUGCAAGCAGUGCCCAAAGUCCUUCAAAGGUCACAAGAAUCUGUCCAAGCACAUUUCAAUGCUCCAUUCGCCCAUCACCUACUUCCCGUGUAACCUCUGCAAAGCCACCUGUCCGAGUCAGGAGGUGCUUGACCUUCACCUCGACGCCCACAAAACGGGCAAACCCUAUUCGUGCCAGAAGUGUGGCAAAGACUUCACCCGAAAGUACCAUCUGGAGCGCCAUUUGGCGCACACCGGAUGCGAUCGUGAACGCCCAAAGGUCGAGCUUCCGUGUGAGGUCUGUGGGAAGGUAUUUUCUCGCAUUGAUAACCUACGGGAGCACCUCCGUGGUCACAUGGGGCAGACACUUCGCAAGAAGGACUAUCAGUGUCCUCAUUGCGAAAAGGCCUUCUAUGGCCUGUCUCUGCUCAAUAUUCACAUUCGUACGCACACGGGCGAGAAGCCUUUUGCCUGUGAUCUUUGCCCAAAGGCUUUUCCAUCAAAUGGGGCCCUCAGGAAGCACAGGAGGAUGCACACGGGGGAGAAGCCCUACGAGUGCAAAACGUGUUCUGCACGAUUCUCAGCUAAAGAAACUCUCAAUCGUCACGUGAAGAUUCACACGGGAGAUAGACCUCAUAAGUGCAAUAUUUGUGGCAAUUCAUUCAUUCAGGCCACUCAAUUGCGUGCUCAUAUGUUCCAUCAUACGGGAGAGCAUGGUUUUCAGUGUAAAUACUGCAAGAAGUCCUUCAACAGAAAGGCAAGACUCGUGUCUCAUAUUAAAUACACGCAUGAAGGUGAAAAGCCAUUGGAAUGUGCCGAAUGUGGACGAACGUAUUUGAGAAAGGAAGAACUCAUUCGUCACAUGGAGAUGCACAAUGGGAUUAAGAAUUACAUUUGUGAGACAUGCAACAAGAAAUUCUCCACAAGAACUGCCCUCAAUUCUCACUUGCACAUUCAUCAGCCGGUCGAUCCGUCGGCCUGCAGUGAAUGUGGAAAGGUAUUUAUUCGUGUUGAUUGUUUGUUGCGUCACAUGAAGGCAAAGCAUAGGAGUGCAGUUGAGGAGAUUCUCAUAAAUGCGGAGAAGAAGAAGAUUAAUGAUCGUAUUCGCGAACUUGGUGCAGUUAUUGAGAAUGCUCCAAUUGUUUUUGCCAAUGACGGAGAUAGUAAUGCCUUUGAAGGGACAACGUAUAUCAUUGAGGAAUUUGAGCCAGAGCCAGAGCCUGAGCCUCAAAAUGAGGAAUAUACUGAAGUUAUUCCUUACAAUGAGGAAGAUGAUAUGCUCGUUGAGGGAGAAGAAGAGGUUCCAGUUAAAAUUGAGGAAUCGCCCAAGAGAAGGGCAAGAGGAGUGUCGAAGGUUGCAGUGAAGGAGGAAUAUGUUAAGGAAGAACUUGGGGAUGAUAGUAUCUUUAUGAGUGAUGAAGCACUGAAGAAGAGCAUUACUAAAUUACUCAGUACACUCAUUGACGAUGAGACACUGACGAAUCUUGGAUGGCCAGAUGAGCCAGUUGAAAAUGUUCUAAGUGCCCUGAUUAAGCAAUGUGGUCAUACUCCAUCGGACUACACCGAUUGUGUUGACUAUACUUCCAAGAUGCGAGAAAAUGCAAAAAUCCUCUUUACUGUCGUCAUUGAGAAUGACGUCAUUAAAUCAAUGCUCAAUAAUCAUACAGUAGAUGAAGUAAUCGUAAAAGUUCUCAAAAUGGCCAAAAACAACUAGAACUACAACUCAGAAGUGGGAUAUUUCAACAUCUCAGUGGGUAAGUUUCAUUGAAUAAUUUUUCAUUUUAUUUUAUUUCCAAUUGAAAAAUAUUGAAAAAACAAAUUGAUUUUUAGAAAGUUAUCAAAAUUUUUUAAAUUUUUCCAAAUAGAAGAAAAGCUUAGAGUUUUAUAGUAUUUCAUUUUUUUGUCUUUUUUUUUAAUAAAUAAAAAUACAGGAAAUUGUUAAAUUCAGGUUAAGGUAUACUAAGAUUUUUAGAAACAUAUUGAUAUUCUUUUUGACAAUAAUCACAUUUUUAUUGUUACAUAAAUAUUUUAUAGGAAAAAAUAUGCAAUAAAUAUUCUUUUAAAUUU